UCUUUCACAAAUUAUAAAUCCUUAAAACCAAAAUCAUUAUCCCCUGCCGAAAAAUCAAAUUCAAAACCAGAAAGAAAAAAAAAAAUCUGCUAACAAAUAAAUCCGGCAAAAAAAAAAAAAAACUCAUCGUCUCCGGCGACAACCUAUCUUUUCCGGCAACUUCAUUCAACCGUUCCUAUAAGUCUACAACUGUAAGUAUGUUUCUCGUCGAAAAAACUCAUCUAACUUCUCAUUUCAAGUUAACCGGCAAAAAACCAUCAAAAAACUACCAACUCGCAGCUAAAAAUUUCGAUGAAAAGGUAAUUAUUCAUCUCAAAACCCUAGAUCUAGCGUCCGAAGCCUCCGAUUCAUCGGUUAUCAGCUUGAAUUGGAUGUGUAAAGCGGUUACGUUACUUUCAACGGUUCACGUUGAAGCACAGGAUCAGAUUUAUCAGAUUUCAAAUCUGAGAUCUGAAUCUGAUUAUUAUCAUAACCUGUAUAUGGAUUACAGUCAGAAGGUUCUAGAUCUGUUGAAUCUGGUUUCAUCAGCGGUUAAGCAGUUAGUUGAGCGUCGUCUUCUGUUGAAUCUGAGCCUUCGGUUGAUUAAAUCCUCCGGUGACGGUCAGAUCUCGUCGCCGGAGAAACUGAAUAAAGCAAAGGAUGCUCUCAUCAGAUCUGUUCACGUUCAUCAUAAGCAAGAUGAGAAAACUCAACGUGUAAAGGAUUUGCUCGAAGAAUUGAGUGACGUCAUCAACAAUAUUCCGAUCGGUAAGGUUAACAACGCUAGAGAUAUGAUCCGGCACACUUUGCAUGGUCUCGGAACAAUAACCGUUUUUGUAAACAGUGUUUUGGUUUCCGUACUGUACGGACAGUCAGAUCUGGUUGAAGUCCGAGUUCCGACUGAGUUCCGGUGGGUUGACUCGGUCAACGGAGUGAAGAAACGAGUUUUUGACCUGAUAAAGCCGAAAAGGUUGUUGGAGGUUGAAGAUGCUGCAACCAGAGCAGUGGCGGUGUGUGAUGUGAUCGAUGAAGUCGCCGCCGUUGGCGACGGAGACGGCGGCGAUGAGCGACGGAGUCGAUUGAAGGACGGCGUUAAGGAGCUCAGGGCGGCGGUGGAGAAGUUUUCCGAUGGUGUUGAUAUGUUGACUAACGGAGUUAACGGUUUGUUUAGUUGUGUUAUGAAAACGCGUAACGGUGUGUUAGACGGCGUUAGGAAGGGUGAGUGGUAGGUGUGAGGUUGGUGUGGCUUGUGGGGUUGUGUAUAAUGGUUUUAAAGUCGUAUUGAAAGGGUAGAGAGGGUUUCAUAAUGAAAAUAUUCAAAUAUAUAAAGUUAAGUUCUAUAUUUAUAUAAAAAGUGUUAUCAUUUGACCCUA